AUGGAGGCAGCGAGAACCAUGAAAGAUGUUUCCCCUCACGAAUUUGUGAAGGCUUAUGCCGCUCACCUCAAGCGUUCUGGCAAGAUGGAGCUUUCUGAGUGGACUGAUCUCGUCAUGACUGGUAAACUCAAAGAGCUUGCUAUAUAUGACCCUGCGUGGUACUACAUUAGGGCAGCCUCUACGGCAAGAAAGAUCUAUUUGAGGGGUGGUAUUGGUGUUGGUGGAUUCCGAAGAAUCUAUGGUGGUAACCAGAGGAAUGUCAACCGCCCUCGUCAUUUCUGUAAGAGCAUGGUUCAGUUGCACUCAACAUACUUCAGCAAUUGUAGAACAUGA